AUGUCGAACGGAUAUAAUCAGUAUCCAUUUCCAUACUCUCAAUGUCCAACAUCUAGCCAAAUGAACCUCAGCGACCAAAACUUAACAGUUCAACAACUAGGAUAUUUUCCACAACAAAUGCAAAUGGGACCACAUCCUGCAUCACAAAUUCAGCAAAAUUUCGCUCCAAGCCAGCCAAACCAGCCAAUGCAGUUAUAUCAACCUCAAUACCAUACAACAUUUUCUGAGACAACUAGUAGUACCCCUUCUACCAUUUUUACCCCUACUACUACUAUCAAAACCACACCCUCUACCACUUCUAGUAAUGUCGUCAGCACCGAAACGAGUGUACCAACUCCAUCAACUACUUCUAUAUCUACUGCUUCUACCGCAAUACCCUCCUCUAUUACUUCUACUACUCAAAGUACAAGUACCAAUGAGACUAGCAAAUCAGAUCCCCAUCCAAAACCACCUGCAAGGAAACGACGGGAUGUUUCACAACCAGCCACCACCACAUCUCCCUAUAAUACUGGAUGUGACACGGCAUUUGGAAAAUGGGCUAAAGCUCAUGCUGUAGACAUCCGAGCAGUGUGUUUCACAUUAGCAGUGUUACAACUCAUCGGAAUCGGAUUCUCCUGCCAUUUGUCCAAACAAUUGAAGAAUUCAUAUUAUAGUACAUAA